AUGGAGUACCUUUUCUACUCCAUCUGCUUCAUUGUCCUCGCCGUCGCGACAGCCGCUUACUUUACUCGCCAUCGCUGGAUCCACCUCCUGCCCAUCCCCGAGCCCAUCUAUUCGCGCCUGCCCACUUCCUUCCGUGACGAUAUUGAAGCCGGCCUCUCGUCAUCGGCGUUUGACCUCAGCGGCAACGUAGAAGCCGGCGACUCGCGCCAGGGCUUGGACGACGCGGGCAAGAAGGAGGUCAUGCGCAUCAUGAAGCGACAGGGCGUUGACUUUGACGAGGCGCGCAGAAUCUACAUGCAGGACAGGUUCAAGAAGAACAACAUUGGAGCCGACGGAAUACCCCGCGAUCCCAAGUUUGUCAGCUUCUCGUAG